UUGGCUGGUUGAACACAAUUGUUCAGUAUGAAUUUAUUGUUUAUUUAGGCAUUAUGAAGGGAUGACAGACACCAGAAGAAAUACAAAACAGCAUCUUUGAAGCCUGAGCAAUGGACUGUGGCAGCCCCAACUCAACUUAGCUUAAUUCAGCCUCACCAAACAUGAUCCCAGACUGAUCCCAGACUACAUGGGCUUGAUACAGCUGUCUGAUCCUAGAAUCUUCUUCAAUUCCAGCUAGAAUGUUGUAUCAGAUACUUCACAGAUUUUUUCAAAAGCUUGUAUGCAAAAAUAUGCCAACAGAGCAUGGGAUUCAAGUUAACAUCCACCUGAGCACUCUGGAUUUAGUUGCCCUCGGUGUGGGCCGCACAGUGGGUAUAGGUGUGUAUGUCCUGGCUGGUGAGGUGGCUAGCAGUCAAGCAGGGCCAUCCAUUGUGAUCUGCUUUUUGGUGGCUGGCCUAUCUUCUGUGUUGGCUGGACUGUGCUAUGCAGAGAUUAGUGCCCAUACCCAGGUUCCCCAUUCUGGCUCUGCAUAUCUCUACAGCUUUGUCACUAUAGGUGAACUCUGGGCUUUCCUCAGUGGCUGGAACCUCAUCCUCUCCUUUGUUGCUGAUACAGCCAUUGUGGCCUGUGCCUGGACCUUAGUUUUUGCCAACCUGUUUGGGAACCAGAUCGCUCAGACUCUUAAUGAGAACAUCUCACCUCAUGUUCCCCAAGUACUUGCAGAAUAUCUAGGCUUCAUUGUUGUGGGCCUAAUGUUGUUGCUCAUCAAAUUGCAGACUCUGCCAUUUCAUACAUUUUUCCUGGUUGCCAAAGUGAUUACAUUGGUGAAACUUUUGGUUCUUGGUUUUGUCAUCAUCUCUGGCUUCAUUAAGGGAGAUCUGCACAACUGGAAGCUCACAGAAGAUGACUAUGUAAAAGCUGGACUCAAUGACACCUCAAGCUUGGGCCCUCUGGCCUCUGGAGGAUUUGUGCCAUUUGGCUUUGAGGGGAUUAUCCAUGGAACAGCUACCUGUUUCUAUGCAUUUAUAGGUUUCAGCAUUGUUCUUACAACAGUCAAGAAAGAGCAGAAUUUCCAGUGUUCCAUCCCCAUGGGCAUUAUGAUUUCACUGUUCAUCUGCUUUGUGCUGUAUUUUGGUGUCUCCUCAGCACUUACGCUUAUGGUGCCUUACUAUCAGCUUCAAUGUGGGAACACCUUGCCUGAGGCAUUUUUCCUUAUUGGCUGGGCACCUGCGUACUAUGUUGUAGCUUUUGGAUUUUUCUGUAGUCUUUCUGCCAGCCUUUUGAGCUUUAUGUUCCCCAUUCGUCGGUUGAUACACAUGAUGGCAAAAGAUGGCCUCCUGUUCCCUGUCCUUGCUAGAGUGCGUACUGGCUCAUACUCCUGCAUCAUGGCUUCUGUGAUAUUUAGUAUUAUUGCAGCAAACAUGGCAUUCUUCUUGGAACUCACUGAUCUUGUGGACCUCAGGUCACUUGAGUCUCUGCUAGCUUACUCCCUGGUUGCUCUUUGUGUUCUCAUCCUUCGAUAUCAGCAGAGUGGAGGAAAUGAACCAAUGGUUCAGGAGGAGAAUGGACCAGCAGCAGAGAGGCUAACUCUACAAGGACUACUUUUUCCAGGCAAUUCCACCCCCACUCCACUCUGUGGCCAGGUUGUCUAUGUUUGCUCCUUACUGCUUGCUCUGCUAAUUCUUCUUUGCUUGGUGCUGGCCCAGUGGCCAAUUCUGCUUUCUGGAGACCCAGUGUGGAUUUCAGUGGUUGUGGUGCUCCUGGUGCUCAUCACUGGGCUUACUGGGGUCGUCUGGAGGCAGCCUCAGAGCUCCAGUUCCCUUCACUUUAAGGUCCCUGCUCUGCCUCUUCUCCCACUACUGAGCAUCUUCAUGAAUGUUUACCUUAUGAUGCAGAUGACAGCUGCCACCUGGGCCCGAUUUGGUGUCUGGAUGCUGAUUGGGUUUGCUAUCUACUUCAGCUAUGGGAUCCAGCACAGCCUGGUCUAUUAACCCCACCUAAGUUAAGGCCAAAACCGUACACCUUGAACUCAGCAGUGCCAGUACAUAUUCUGUUUGAUAAAGUAACACCUGAAUGCAGUCUGGUCCCUUUGCAUAAUAGUGGAGAGUAUUUUUGAGCACAUAGAAAGUUAGGUCUCCCAUGGGAUGCUGAUGUGGGGGAACACUAAUAGAGCUCUGUAUUUAUUGUGGAAUGAAGGAUGUGGCUUUGCUCUUUCUUCUUUAUUAUUUCUUACUUGUAUAUUUGUUGAUUAUGUAUAUA